AUGGGCCUGUGCGCUGGCCUCCCCUUCCUCCUCUUCCUGCUCGCUGCCGGCCACCUGGGGCUUGCCGCCGCGACACCGGUGCGCCUGCAACCACAAACCAUUGGAGCCAUUGCGUCGUUUGGCGGCUUUGAAGUGUAUUCGUACGACGAUGCCUACGAGUUUGACCCAAUGAUGCCUCUGGUGCUCCUCGUAAUCGGUGCCUCGGCGGCCAUCCUGGUCAUGGUGCUCAUGUCAUAUCAACCAUUACGAGACCCCGAGACCCACCCUUUGCACCACCCGGCACCCAAGCGCAUGUCUUUCCUCAAGGUAUCAGGCCGCGUGCGACCCCCAACCCCCGCGGCACUGGAAGAGAUGGUCGGCGGCCCUCCACUCGGUGUCAUUGACGAGCAUGCCGAGUACUGCUACAACGUUUCGGCAGCAGCAACGCGCCUCAACACAGGCAGCCGCCGUUCUAGCAAGUGA